ACACCCAGCUAAAGAAUUCGGUCUGUUUUAGUGAAAGCAAUCUGUUCAUAUUUACAAGUACAUAAAGGAGCAAUUAAUUGUUUCAGUUUUUUCCUCAUUUCAUUCAUUAGUUGAUCUUACAGUCAUCAUAAAUCAUUACUCUAUCUCUUUCAUCAUUCCACCAUUAAUUUCAAAAAGAUUGUAGUAGUAGAAGAAGACCCAUUAAUUUUAACACAGUGUCAGCUGAAAAAAUGGAAACUUUUUCCCUUCUUCUUCUUUUGGUCUGAACUUAUUAAGUUGUGGGUUUUUUCACCUGUCUUAAAAACAGAAUCUUACUACUAAUGGCUGCCGGAGAUGAUAUCCGGGAAGGAAUGUUGCCGGAGAAUCUUAAAACACAGCUUGCUAUAGCUGUUAGAAGCAUUCGGUGGAGCUAUGCUAUUUUCUGGUCGAUUUCGCCGUCUUCAAACAACGAAGGAGUAUUAGAAUGGAGAGAAGGGUAUUACAAUGGAGACAUUAAAACGAGGAAAACAGUUCAAGCUGUAGACUUUAACACAGAUCAUAUGGGUUUAUUGAGAAGUGAACAAUUGAAAGAACUUUUCCAAUCUCUAUCAGCAAAUGAGACCAACCCACAAACCAAAAGACCGACAGCCGCCUUAUCACCUGAAGAUCUCACCGAUACAGAGUGGUAUUACCUCGUUUGCAUGUCCUUCGUCUUCAACAUCGGUCAAGAGUUGCCGGGAAGUACAUUUGCCAACGGUCAGCCCAUUUGGCUGUGCAAUGCUCAUUCUGCUGACAGCAAAAUAUUCGGUCGAUCUCUGUUGGCUAAGAGUGCGUCUAUUCAGACUGUGGUGUGUUUUCCAUAUUUGGGAGGUGUCAUUGAGCUGGGCGUAACCGAGAUGGUUCAAGAAGAUUCCAGUCUGAUUGAACAUGUUAAAACAGCCUUCUUGAACAAUUAUCCUUCUAGAAAUGUUGGAAGAAAUGAAGACAUGAUGAUGAUAGUUGAUAGCGAUGGAUUUCCAUCGGACUGCUGUGAUCUAGCAAUGGACCGCUCGUUCAUAGUUGAAGAAGAAAUCAGCAAUUGCAUGCACAACGUUACGAGUUCGAGCGAGUGCAUAUCUCACGGUUUGAAGAACACAAACGACUUCAGUUGUUAUUCAAUCAACGAAAUCGACGAACUAGAUCUUAUCGAAACUCGCCAAGAUAACCACUACAAAGGUGUCGUUGCGUCCUUGUUGAAUAGCUCUCGUCGUUUUAGAAAACUUAAAAAUCAAGAAUCUAGUUUCGUCGGAUGGAACAAACUACUCCAGCCAGAUCAUAUACCUCGAACCGGAGUUUCCCAAAGAGUAUUGAAGAAAAUUCUAAUGGACGUGCCACAAAUGUCGUCGAAGAAAAACAAUGAAAACAAUUCUAGCCAUACAUUAUCCGAAAGGAGAAGAAGAGAAAGAAUAAACGAAAGAUUCUCUGUUCUUGAAUCAUUGAUCCCAUCUACAAGCAAAGUUGACAAAGUUUCUAUACUCGAUAACACUAUCGGGUAUCUAAAAGAACUCGAGAAAAGGGUGGAGGGAUUAGAAUCUAGGACAAAAAGGAAGCACAGUGAAACCUCAGAGAAUACAUCCGACAACUACGAAAACAACAAAAGGAAACUCGGGGCUAUAACAGAAACAACGUUUGAAAAUUGUUCAAGCGAUAAAGUAAAGGUAACCGUGGAAGAGGAGAAGAAGGAUGUGGUGAUUGAGAUAAGAUGCGUGUGGAGGGAAUCUUUGUUCGUCGAGAUUAUGGAUGCGAUGGGGCGUCUCCAUUUGGAUUCUCGUUCAGUUCAAUCUAGUAAUACCGACGGUUUAUUGUCCAUGACCAUCAUUUCCAAGUUUAAAGGAUCUAUGGCUGGUUCAGCAGGAAUGGUGACAGAAGUACUUCAGAGAGUUGUAUGGAAGAGAUGAAGAUCAUCACUAGCUAAUUACAACUCUUAGAUUUGUUUAUCUUGUUAGUUACCUUCUGCAUGUAAUUCCUUGUUACAAUAAUAAUGUUGAGCUUUUUCUACUAAAUAAACCCUAGUUAGGAGAGAUUAAUAAUUUAGUGUUUUUGACUAAAAAUGGAUCUAUUUGUGUGUUACACUAUUGUGAAUAAACCCUAAUCCCUAAUACUAAUGCAUUUAAGAGCUCAAUGUAAAAAUAGAAAUAAAUAUACACUUCCAAGAUA